AUGGCAACUGGAACUUCUUCAUUGUCUUUACUUCCUAUUGAUGAAGAAGAUGAGAUAUUGAUGCUAUACGGGUCCGAAUCAGGUUGGGUUGAGGCCAAAACUCACUGUGAUCACCUGGCUUCUUUGUCAUCUGAUCUCACCCAUAUUCCAACUCCUGAUACUCCUUGCAACAGGUGCCAACAUCCAGUAGAGAACUGGCUAUGUUUGUGUUGCAAGGAGGUUCUUUGCAGUCGAUUUGUUAAUAAGCACUUGCUCGAGCAUUACAAGCUGGCCGAUCACUCUUUAGCCCUCAGCUUUAGUGAUCUAUCAGUAUGGUGUUUCUCCUGCAAUGCCUAUUUAGAUGCUCAAGUUAUAAUGCCGUUGCAGUCUGUUCAUUUCAUUGCCUACGUACUGAAGUUUAAUGAGCCUCCACCAUUACGAGCAGUGGAGUGUGUACAUAUUACAGAUAACAGAGCAGACGGUUCUUCUACUUCUGGGAAGUAAUAUUUUCAUCUUCUCUUUGAUGCAUGUGAUGUU